UGCCAUGGAAACAGAAUAAAGAUUCUUGUACUGAGAGCCGUAGCAGAGUGGUGUGCAAACCAAAACCACAACCAAAGGAGAAAGAGUCUGUGAAAGGGCUGACCACACGGACUGAAAGGGGGAGAGCUGAGAUUGCAUACAAACCGUACCGGACUGCUUGCAGUGAUGCUUACCUUGACAGAAAUGACAUUCCCCAGUGGCAGCCAUGCCCAGUUCCAGACCCUAAAGCCUUGGUGGGAUGUCCUGAUGGACUACUUGGGAAUAGCGAUGAUGAUGGUUUCACUUCUAUCAGGAACUCUGCUAAUCUCAAUUGACCAAAUGACUUGUUUGCCUUUGAAUGACAAGCUGAAUGACUCUACAGCAGCUAGGCUGCAUGUUGGAGUAAGCAGUCUUGCCAUCACAGAAGAGACUCCUGUCACAAACAGUGGCCACUCCAUCAAUCUUGACUACCAGCAGUACCUGUACAUCAGCCAUGUCUGCUAUCAGAAGGCUUUGCCUUGGUUCUCCAAGUAUUUUCCUUAUCUUGCACUUGUCAACUCCUUGAUCCUAAUGGCAAGCAGCAAUUUUUGGUUCAGGUACCCCAAGACUUCAUCAAAAAUUGAACACUUCUUAUCCAUCCUCAUGAAAUGUUUUGAGUCACCUUGGACUACCAAAGCUCUCUCUGAAAUGGCCUGCCAGGGCUUCUUACGCCACUCCAAACCCAUGGAUACUCGAAGAAGUGGAGAACAACUCAUUUCACCAUCCUUCUCCUUCUCCUCCUCCCCCAUCCUAGACUGGAAGGACAGGGAACAAGGCCGGGCUCUGUUUGAAAAGAUCUGCAGAUUCAGAGCACACACAGAAAGCUGUCGCUUGAUUUAUAUGGUCUACACAGGACAGACAAUCUUCAAGGUUGCAAAGAUCCUAACUGUGUUGUGCUACACCUCCAACUGUGUGGGAUCCAUCUCCUUCAAGCAUGUCUGCUGGCCAGACACAGAGAAUCUCAUUGGCUACUCAACUUUCCUCUGUACCCAUAGCUUGGCUUUCAUUCUGCAGAAACUGAUGGCUGUCUAUCUGUUCUUGGUAGUCCUUUAUGGGGUAGUGGGGACUUACCCACUCUUGUGGCUCAUAUGGCAGCCACUGCAGAAGUACUCCUUUAAGCACGUGGAAGAAGACAUCCCAGAUGUGUACAACGAUUUUGCUUUUCUGCUGCACGUAGCUGACCAAUGUGACCAACUAUAUUCUUGGCGGUUUGCUAUCUUCCUCUCAGCCAUAAAUGUGAACUGCUCACUGGAUGUGGGACUUGACCAUGAGUUGAUUAAUGAAGAUUGGGUUGGCCAUAAUUCUCUGGCCCCAACCUCAAAGUAA